GUGUGUACCUUGCUCGUAGAGCGGGAGUUUGAGAACAAUCAUUGAUUACGAAUAACUUGACUUUAUUCCGAAUAGGUCAUUCUCCACGUCUAAACACUAAUGAACAAACUAAUGAUCCCGUGAAUUUUGUGUCCCCAACGAUGUCGACAGAAACGAACGAUUCCGCUUCGAACACUCAAUGUAGAAUACUCAUGCAACAGUGUGUUCACGCAGAGCUGCGUGUUGAUGAAACAAACGUGUUGACGAUCGACCGAGGUGUUCUCAUAUAUGUCUCAUUCUUCAAGAGAGCAACGGAAGAUUUUGCGCGAAAAGCGGCUCAAUUUGCUCUCCAAUUGAAACUCUGUGAGACCGAAUCAGGAAGACACGUUUCUAUCCUUGAGCUGCCGGCCGACGUUCUUCUCAUCCCUCAAGCGUGUCUGGGGGGUAAGAAGAAAGGCAACAGCAUGCAGUACCAUCAACUGAUAGACAAAACGCGAGGUCGAGAGCUAUUCGACGUGAUGAAAUCAGAACUUGAAAAACUAGUCAGUCUCUCGAAGCCCCAGCAUUCAGCCGACGGAGCCGCUCGGCCCAGAGUACUCAGCGGGAUCUACGGUCAGCGCCAAAAGCUCAAAAUCGACGCAUCAUUGGGUCCUUCAUCCCACGUGAUCGAUUUAUGA